UGGGCGGCGGGCAUUGACUAUUGAGGGAGGGGAACUUGCCACCCACCACCUCCUCUGCUCCGCCGACAGCGAGAGCCCGCGAGCAAGCGGCGGCUACCACCACCGCCUCCCAGGUUCCCACGUCCCUGCCAUCCUUUUUGACUCCGGGAUCCCCCUCCUCCCCGCCUGCCGAGGAUCCCACAACCUUCCUACUACUUUCCCCAUACCUUCCGAUCUCGCCACAUUCCUAGCCGAGCGUGAAGUGGUAGGGAGGGGAGGGAGGCGGCGGCGCGGGUGAGGACCGAUGGGGAAGGGGAGCGGGCGGGGGCUGGCCCUGGCGCUCGCCGUGCUCCUCGCCUGCUCCGGCGUCGUUGUCGUCACGGCGCAGGACACCGAGCGGAUCGAAGUACAUCUUGUCGCCUGUAGCACAUCUUGCAAAUUGAUAAGCUGAAUGCAGGUGGAUCCUUUGGCAUUCAAUGAUACAUGAUGAUAACCAAUUAAUCAUGAUUAGUUCAGUUUAGCACAGGAAGUGCUGGCGAUGUGCUGGAAGAUAACCCUGUUGGGAGGCUCAAGGUCUUUGUCUAUGAUCUCCCUAGCAAAUACAACAAGAAACUGCUGAAGAAGGACCCUAGGUGCCUGAACCACAUGUUUGCUGCUGAGAUCUUCAUGCACUGGUUCCUGUUGUCAAGCGCUGUUCGAACUUUUAAUCCCGAGGAAGCAGAUUGGUUCUACACACCUGUAUACACAACAUGCGAUCUGACUCCUUCGGGUCUUCCCUUGCCUUUCAAGUCUCCUCGAAUGAUGCGUAGUGCAAUCCAGCUGAUUGCCACAAACUGGCCUUACUGGAAUAGAUCAGAAGGCGCAGAUCAUUUCUUUGUCACACCACAUGACUUUGGUGCUUGCUUUCAUUAUCAGGAAGAGAAAGCAAUUGCCCGGGGAAUCCUCCCCUUGCUUCAGCGUGCUACGCUGGUUCAAACCUUUGGACAGAAGAACCAUGUCUGCCUGAAGGAUGGAUCCAUUACCAUACCUCCAUUUGCGCCUCCCCAGAAAAUGCAAACUCACCUUAUACCCCCAGAUACCCCUCGAUCCAUCUUCGUGUACUUCCGCGGUCUGUUCUAUGACAAUGGCAAUGAUCCCGAAGGCGGCUACUAUGCUAGAGGAGCUCGCGCGUCAGUCUGGGAGAACUUCAAGAACAAUCCGCUCUUUGACAUCUCGACCGAUCACCCACCAACAUACUAUGAAGACAUGCAGCGUUCAGUGUUCUGCCUGUGCCCAUUGGGCUGGGCACCAUGGAGUCCCAGGCUAGUGGAAGCAGUGGUCUUCGGCUGCAUCCCGGUGAUCAUCGCAGAUGACAUCGUCCUGCCCUUUGCGGAUGCCAUCCCAUGGGAGGAGAUCGGUGUGUUCGUUGCUGAGGAGGAUGUACCGAGGCUGGACAGCAUCCUGACAUCCAUUCCCACAGAUGUUAUACUGAGGAAGCAACGGCUCCUUGCGAACCCGUCGAUGAAGCAGGCCAUGCUGUUCCCCCAGCCUGCUCAGCCAGGAGAUGCAUUCCACCAGAUUCUAAACGGACUUGCACGCAAGCUCCCACAUGGUGAUAAUGUCUUCUUGAAGCCUGGGGAGAGGAUCCUGAACUGGACCGCUGGACCACCAGGCGACCUAAAGCCUUGGUAGCAUCUUGCGGAUCUGAGAUGGAUAAAAACUUUCUGGAAAGGAAAUACUGAGGACAUGAUGAUAUAGUGCACCUUCGAAUUACCAUGGAUGCAUAGUGCUGACCACAAGCCAAAUGUACAUUUUUUAUAUGCUCUUUCUUCUAUAGCUGUUAUAUACACCUCAUAUCUUCUUCUCUUCUUUUUUUUGUCCCUCUUUAUCCAAUUCAUUAGAUGAUGAGAAUGCCAGGCCUUGUCAAUCA